GAGGAUUCUCUCAGUGGAAAGAUAAGUUGGUCGUUGGUGCUACCACAAAUCAAAGAAUAGGAGCCUACCUGUUAAAACUCCAGUGCAGCGUAGGUGAUCUCUUUAAUCAGAUCUUGUAAUUGUUUUGUAAAAAUAUAUCGCAUCAGACGUUCCGAUACACUAGGCAAAAUCGGGUGUUAACGAAGUUUUGUUCGGUUGUUCGUGUCAGGUUAAUGAAUCUCUGGAGCAAUGUCGUUGGUACCCCUGACGGAAAAUGAACAUCGUUUUGCCGAGGCCUUUAAACAAUUUCGGAAAGCAUCUGAUCAAGAAUCUUUAAUGAAACAGUGGAUAGUAGAUGAUCUUCCCAAAGUUAUUCAUUCUAACCCGUCUACAGUAAAGUUUAUGGAUACAAAUGUUAUUCAGAUAUUAGGAAUUGGCAGUGGUUUUGGAAAUAUGGAUAUGCUAAUAUUUGAUGUCUUUGGGAAUAACAACCAGAAAGUGAACGAAAUUGUACUGGAACCAAACAAAGUCGAAGUUGAGAAGUUUAAAUCUACAAUUAAGUCGUUGGACCAGUACAGAUUUGUAAAUCUCGAAUGUCUUCCUGAAACAGUUGAAUCAUAUAUGGCAAGGAACACAUCACGGAAAUUUCACUUUAUUCAUUGUAUUCACGUUUUGUACUACGUGAAAAAUCCAGCGGCGAUAAUAGAGGCUGCGUAUAACUGUUUGGAAGAGGGCGGUAUGAUGCUCAUAAUUCACGCUGCAGCAUCGCAUGGCAUUAAUCACGUUAAGAACACGUUUGGUGCUAAAUUGUUUGCCAGCCCACCGAAGUACACUCCAAACGGCAGCCAGUUAGAAAAACUGGUACAUGAUCUUGGUUACAAGUACUCUAGUGAUAUCAUAAACGCGAAGCUUGACAUGACCGAGUGCCAGAAUCCAGCCUCACAGAACGGCAACCUAAUCUGGGAUUUUAUCACUCACGUCGCCAGCUUUACUGAAAACGCGUCACCAGAAAUCAAAGGCGCCAUCAACGACGUUACAAAAAGCGAAUUUUGCUAUAGAAACGGUGGUAAAGUAUUCAUGAACAUCGAUAGCUCAGUUUUAAUCAUAGUAAAAUAAUUAAAUUAUUUGCAGGUUGUUUAUUUCAAACGGGCUAAUUUUAUGCAAUUUGAAUCACCUAAUAAGUACAUAGUUCAAAGUUUUUGUUUGUUUGUUUGUUUUUUGUUUUUUUCUGGUAGACAGGGUAAACCACAGAUGAACUUGGUUUGAUUCUUAUAAAAAUGAUCUCGUUUGUAGAGGACAUGAUCUGGAAACAUUAGGAUAUGUAAAGUUAAGUGAGAUUGCUAAAAGUAGAAGGAUAUGGUCAGACUUUAAAUUAUUAAGAAAGUUAGAUGACAGACUAACAAGAAUUUGAAUGUGAAGUUUCAGUUUUUAAGUUAAGCCUUUAGUAUAUAUGUCUAUAAAAGCUAAAGAACACUGUAAAGAGUAACCAUCAGCUAUAAGCCUAUGUUGGGAUUUGUUUAAAGAAUAGUAAUAAUAUCAUAAUAACUUAAUACCACACACACUUUUUAUUUUUCAACGAAUUCUAUAUUUAUUUAUUUCGUUGUCUUUUGACCAGAUGUGAACUUUCACUUCAGCAUUUUGAUAAAGUAUAGCGCCUCCUAUGCUACAGUUAUUUACUAACAACACAUUGUCAACAAAUAUAAACGAUUGCCUCGGUUAGAUAAUAAUAUAGAUUUGACCAGUUGAUGCUAGAAAUAAUAUAGAAACAUUUAUACUUUAUGUGAAUACAAAUAUACAGAAUUAGGAAUCUGGAAUCGCACAGUGGUAUGAAUCGUGCAUGUUAAAUAGGCGCCUUUGUAAAUCCAACUUAGGCCUAGGGCCAUUAUUAAUAUAUAUUAUUAAUAUUAUUAUCAGACCUAUUACUAAUGAAUGAAAAUAAUAGUCUAGGGCAGAGUAAGAAACCAUUUUGAGUAAAUAAUAUUAGAUACGUGUAUGUACAUUUUCUUUUUGUUUAUUUUGACGAAUUUUAUAGAAAAAAUUAAAAACAAUAUUUUAUUUUUAAACGAAAGACGACGGUAACAAAUUUUGACCAAACACAAAAAAAUCAGUUGUAUUAUGAUUAGCAUCGUAAAAGUAUAAAUUAUAUGUAUAUUUCUUUAAAUUAGACCGAAAUAAACAAAAGUUUAUCAAAAGCCUUGUUCACCACUAUGUGCUAGUUGUUACUCCAGUCGUCUGAUAACUGGUAGCACUUGCAACAGGUGUGCACCUAGACUUGGUUCCAGUCCCUAAUUGUUGUCUUAAUCAGUGAAAAAGUAUUCAAAAUAAAUAAAUUUUAUCACU